AUGGUUGGUUGUGGUCAUGGCCUUGAAAUCAUAAACUUGAAGGAAAUUGUCUCUCAAAUUUGUGAGGGUAGACCAACCCCUUUCAAGGAUGGCAUGCCUGGAAACUCAUGGUGGUUUGGAUUCAAGGCCAAAUAUCAUGAACUUAGCUUGCGGAUGACCGAAGGCCUCGACAAAGACCAGGCACUGUGUCUUAUACCAAUAGUUGUUUAUGCUUUUUACGAGACAUUGUCAAAAGCACAUGCUGCCAAUCCAUAUGGUCCUGCUCGUAUUUGGAACUAUGAUGAAACAAGAGUUAUGACCAACAAAAAUGGAGCAAUGAGGGUGCUUGCGAAGAAAGGAAGCCGAAACAUGUCUUAUAUACUUGUGAAGAGGCAUGAGUUGAUCACAGUUCUUUGCUCCAUGAAUGCUUCCAAACAAAGCAUUCCAAGGUUCUACCUGUUCAAUGGCAAGAGGCAGACACAUAAUUACAUAGCUAAAUGUGAACCUGGUGCUUGCAUGGCAGCGCAAAAACAUUCGUGGAUGACCAAAAAACUAUUCAUGAGUUGGUUGAACCACUUCAAGCACUCCAUCCCUAGGGGAGUAUCACCAACGAACAGAUGCUUGUUGAUAUUCGAUGGCCAUGACAGUCGUGUUGCAUUUCCAACCAUCCAAGAGGCAAGGAUGUUGGGCAUAGACUUGCUGACAUUGCCAACUCACACAUCUCACAAAUUGCAGCCACUUGAUGUGAGUGUAUUCUCUCCAUUCAAAACAUACUUCAAAUCGGAAAGAGCCGCAUGGAUAGAAAGGUUCCCCAAUCUAGAAAUUAGGAGGGGUGAAUUGACUGUUUCAAAUAUUACUGCGAGAUUCAAAAGGACGGGGAUAUGGCCUCUCAAUCCUGAUGCCCUCACCCAAGACAUGCAGCCCAACACCACAUUCCACAUUAAUGAUGAGGAAGAUGCAUCUGCAGUGCAAAACAUGCUCAGCCUUUUGAGAGUCCAUGUCUCCCCAGAAGUGGUUGCGAAAAACAUUGCAACUAGCUAUCAAAUGGAUUCAACUACACAAGUGGGCAUGGAACAGACAACCACCAACAUUGAUGAAGCUGCAAUUGACACUUUGGAUGAGAGUCUUGGCCUUCCAUCCGAGCGAAUUGCACCACCCUGGGUGGUGGAGGGGGCGACAAUUCUCAAUGUUGAAUUGGAAGGUGAAGACGAAUGGGGGACAUCUAUCUUGCCUUCACCAUCAAAAUAUGCCAUUCCGGAAAUGGUGCAUUACUAUGCAGAUUGUGGUUACUCUGACAAUGAAAAUGAUGCAGGUUUGACGCAAGAAGCAACACAAGAUUGUAAUGUGGAAGAGGAGAGCCUGAUGUCACAAGUAAGUGAGACACCUCAAUCACAACAACAAAAUACACUUUUAUGA